CAGCUCGACUAGUUUAAAACUAACGUUUUAAUAUAGUUGCAGACAUUUUUUUUAUUGGUAAUAUAAUUGUCACAAUGAGUUUAGAUUCUCUCUUUCAACAAAUCCUCCUGACGGAACAUCAGCUGACGGAACAGACACAGAAACUCAAAGACGUAAAAGUGGAAAUUAUCCGACAACAGGAGAGAAUUAAGAGCGAGACUGAGAAAUAUAAGCAGACCACUGAGGAACUUGAUAAAAAGGGUCAGCAGUUGUCUGCGAUGACUCUGCAGUGUGAUUUGAUGAGGAAAUGUGAGGACCAGAUGUUGAAGCAAAUUGAGGAGCGGCUCCGUCAGCAGAACCACCUCAGGGAUCAUCUGGCCAAGAUAAAGCAGCAGUCUAAAGAAGAAGAGCAACAGUUCCUUGAGGAGAUGAUGAGGUUCAAUAGCGACUUCAGCCUUCCAGACAACAGAGCAGCUGUGUUUGAGAGCCAAACACACGCUGAGAUCUUGGCCCUCCAGAGGGACGUGGAAGCUUUACACAAAGAGAUGGACGAGAUGAAACGCAGCAACAUCCACAUGAGCUCCACACUGGAGGAAAAGAGGCAACUGCUGCUGGACCUCCAAGACCUGGAGAACAUACAGAAAGCAGACUUGGAUCAGCAGAUGCAGGAGGCUCAAGCAACGACGGCAUCUCUGAGAGCGGAGAGCCAGGAUGUCAGUCAGAAGCACCUCACUGACAGCACCUGUCUGAGCCUGAGGAAGGAGCUGGAGACGCUGAAGGACGGAGACCUGGAAGAACAGCGACAGGCCCUCCGCUCAGAGGUGCACUUCCUGCAGUCGAAGCUGAAGAGCAGCCAGGACAGUGACCAGCGUUAGGAUUGGAUCACUGACUCGACAUGUUUACUUUUUGACCUUCGUGUUUUCAGGCUAACCAUUGCUGUUACGCCAUAAUGAUACUUAGUUGUGCUUCGAUGUUUCAUUAAAGAUGAACUUGAACCAUCCAACCAACCAAAAAAAAAGGAAAA